AUGCCUGCUCCAGAAAUCACCGAGCCAAACCCACCACCCCUGCCAUCCAACAUCCCCGACAGUGUAACGGAGCUUGCAGUGCGUAAACACUUGCCUGUGAGCAACCUGUCCGAGAAUGACCUCGCCGGCGUCAAGGAGUUUCGCCGCGCGGCGUGCUACAUUGCCGCGGCCAUGAUAUUUUUGCGGGACAAUGUCCUCCUCGCAGACGACCUCACAGUCGAUCACAUCAAGCCGCGCCUGCUGGGCCACUGGGGUACCUGUCCCGGAUUGAUCUUGGUCUGGGCGCAUCUGAACCUGCUGGUCCGUGACCAUGACCUGCACAUGAUUCACGUCAUUGGCCCAGGCCAUGGUGCUCCCGCAGCGUUGGCCGCUCUCUGGCUGGAGGGUUCGCUGGAGAGGUUCUACCCAGGGGAGUACGAUAGGAACUCGGAGGGGCUAAAGAACCUCAUCACGAGAUUCUCAGUCCCGGGCGGCUUUCCUAGCCACAUCAAUGCCGAGACUCCCGGCGCAAUCCAUGAGGGUGGAGAGCUCGGUUACGCACUAUCCGUCUCGUUUGGCGCCGUCAUGGAUAAGCCCGAUCUCGUGGUGGCAUGCGUCGUCGGAGACGGUGAGGCCGAGUCUGGCCCCACGGCCACUGCGUGGCACUCAAUCAAGUAUCUUGAUCCAGCCGAGUCGGGCGCCGUGCUGCCCAUCCUCCACGUGAACGGCUUCAAGAUUAGCGAGCGUACCAUCUUUGGCUGCAUGGACGACAAGGAGCUCGUCGCUCUCUUCACAGGCUACGGGUACCAGGUCCGCAUCGUCGAGGAGCUGGACGAUAUCGACAACGACCUGCACCAAGCGCUCGAGUGGGGGCUUUCUGAGAUCCGGAAUAUCCAAAAUGCGGCGAGGUCGGAUGAGAAAAAGCCGAUCGUCAAGCCGAGGUGGCCGAUGAUUAUCAUGCGAACUCCCAAGGGCUGGUCGGGGCCGAAGGAGGUGGAUGGAAAGGUUGUGGAGGGAUCUUUCCGCUCUCAUCAAGUGCCACUGCCCAAGGCUGGAGCCGACGAUGCUCAAUUGAAGAUACUAUGGGACUGGCUCGCGAGCUACAAGAUCGGCGAUCUACUGGAGGACGAUGGCAAGCCCAUCCGUCGGAUUACUGACAUCCUGCCUCGUGAGGACGAGCAGAAGCUGGGGCAGGUCAAGGAUACUUAUGCGCCCGAGGCAGGACUGGAGCCAGUUGAUUGGAAACCUUUUGGGGUGGAGAAGAAGACGACAGCCAGCUGUAUGGCGACUACGGGCAACUUCCUCGAUGCAGUGUUUGAGGCAAAUCCGAAGCGGAUCCGGCUCUUUAGCCCGGACGAGCUCGAGAGCAACAAGCUUCAUGCCAUCCUCGACCACACGCAGCGCAACUUCCAGUGGGACGCUUACUCGCGCGGCAACGGUGGGCGCGUGAUUGAGACGCUGUCGGAGCACCAGUGCCAAGGCUUCAUGCAGGGAUACACGCUGACAGGCCGGACGGCUAUUUUCCCAUCAUACGAAUCGUUCCUCGGAAUCGUGCACACAAUGAUGGUGCAGUACAGCAAGUUCGUCAAGAUCGCCAAAGAAGUGAAGUGGAGGGGGGAUCUCAGCAGCAUCAACUACAUAGAGACGAGCACCUGGGCGCGGCAGGAGCACAACGGCUUCUCGCAUCAGAACCCGAGCUUCAUCGGGGCGGUUCUCAACAUCAAGCCCGAUUUCGCGAGGGUCUACCUCCCGCCCGAUGCCAACUGCUUCCUCAGCACGGUGCACCAUUGCGUCAAGUCCAAGAACUACGUGAACCUGAUGAUCGGGAGCAAGCAGCCGACGCGGGUGUACCUCUCGCCAGAUGAGGCGGCAGAGCACUGCAUGGCCGGAGCCGGCAUCUUUCACUUUGCAUCCACGCCGGCCGAGAAUGGUGGAGAUAAAAACAAGUCGACGGCGGACCCGGAUGUGGUACUAGUCGGAAUCGGCGUCGAGGUCACUGCCGAGGCGGUGGCUGCGGCGGAACUCCUGAUCGAGCUGUGCCCGGAGCUCAAGGUGCGGAUGGUCAACGUUACGGACCUGAUGAUCCUGGUCCCCGAGAGUCGGCACCCCCAUUCGCUGUCCAAGGAGCAAUUCGUGGAACUUUUUACGGCCGACAAGCCGGUGCUGUUCAACUACCACGGCUACGCGACGGAGCUCCAGGGUCUGCUGUUUGGACGGCCCCGUACGGACAGGAUGACGGUCGAAGGCUACCGCGAGGAGGGCAGCACGACGACGCCCUUUUACAUGAUGCUUGCCAACUGCGUCAGUCGAUUCCACCUUGCCAGGAGAGCAAUCCGCGCUGCUUCUUCGUCGUCUACGGUCGACAAGAACAAGCUGGACCAGGUGCUGAAGGAGAUCCAGGCUAGGGAGGAUCGGGUGAGGAAGUAUAUUGACGAGAACGGUAAAGAUCCGGAAGAAAUGUGA